UCAGCGAAAACUACAUCCCGUUAUCGCCCGUGGUAAUUACAGGAAGACGUAAGUCAAAGCUGGAGGCGCCCAAAACAAAAUCAGCGGCUGCGCUCGUCAAACGCAAAAACCGCAAUGCUCAAAAGAAGCAGGACGAUGCCGACGGCGAUGAUUUGGACAAGGAGCCGUGUCAGUUCGUUCCCGUACGUCGCAAGCCUCUGGGGGAAUACAUGAACUUAAAGGAACCGAUCUCCUCGACCUCAUCAUCAUUGCAGAGUAUGCCAAUGAGCUAUGCGGAUGCCGUACAGACUGGCCUUGGUGUGAAAGUAAUGAUAGCGCCACUAGCCACCAAAUCAAAUAAAACUGGCAAGAGCAAAGCCACUAAGAAAUCCGCUGAUACAAAGUUCCGAGGAUUCGAUGAACAGCCCAAACCACACAUAGUCCGUGUCGAACCAAAGGUGUUUCGCACUGACGUUGAGCAGAGGUCAAAAAAUAAGGGCUGCAAACCGAAGAAGCCAAUCGUGUCCAAUAUCCAAAAGCCAGUCAAGACCAAAAUGCGACGAGCAGUUAAAAUCGAUCCAGAUGACGCUGAUUUGAAAGCACUUGAGUUUAAAUUCAAAGGACUGUCAUGCAAUGCAGCAGGCACUGCAACAGUUGCAGCUGUACAAACAGCUAGACAUUUGAAUUUAAUACAGGACAAUUCAUUAUUAGCAGCGUCGCAUGGCCAUGUGAAGCAUCCAUAUAAAUCGCCGACAUUUGCGGAUUCUGUCAGUUAUUUAAACUAUCAUCAAAAGCGAUUGCAGCAGAUGAUUAAGAAGCAAAAUAUUUGCGUUCUAUGCUUGCAAUCGCCGGAGCCCAUGGAGGUCCCACAUUUUGAGGACAGUCGCUUUAAAUUUCUGGAGGAAGCUGCACUUUUCACACAAAAUCGCAUUAUGCUACAACUAUGGCUGAACUCUGAUCAACGAAUUUCCUAGUAAGCUUGUUCAGACAGAUAAAUUUUUAAAGUUAUAUUAUUGUGUUCUCUGUUUAAAACAAAAUUUAAAUGCAAUGGCCAAAUAAACAUUGGGCUGCCAACGCAACGGACGAUAAAUU